CGCACCAUCGGACUGAAGGAGCUGCCUUGGCCUGACUCAACUGAUAUGGAGGGGGUGGCUGGAAAUGCCCCCUGCGAACACUUUGAAGCUGAUGUGCUGGCCCAGAGCUGCUGUCAGGACUGCUGCCACCCUGAGGAGGCCCAGAGAGCAAGGCACCAGGAGCCUGGGAGGCCUUCGAGCGCUGAGGCCCCCUACUGCGACCUGCCCCGCCGCCGGCCUGCCCCUGAGGACCCGCUCAGCACCCCGACCUCCAGCUGCCAGUCUGUGGUGGCUCCGGGCCGUGGGCCAGAGCCUGAGAGGUGGGUAGGACCCUGGGGCCUGAGGAGGGGUUCCCGGGGUAGGAUGCCCUCACCCCUCCCACCCCCAGGGCUCCUGGCAGAGGGCCUCACAGCUGCCUCCAGGACCCAGGAACCUGAGGCAGCUCCCUACUUCGAGGGCCUGGCCUCCUCCCCGUGUGGCAGCUUCAACGAGAGCCCUGACUCUGGCACCAGUGAAGCCCCUGAUGAUACCAGCGACUCAUCAUUGGUGGACUGGGACACUGUUGAGAGACGGGAGGAGGCCCCCAGUGGGGACAACUUCACCGCGAUGAUCCCACGGAAGUCGCAGGAGGUGCCAAGGGCUGACGGUGUCCGCAAGGCUCCUCCUCUCCUCACCCAGGCCCCUGUGGGAGGAGGAGACACUGCAGGCCAGAAAAAGGAGGGCUCUGGAGGUGGGAACCGAAGUGCCGGACAGCACUGGGCCAAGCUCCGGGGAGAAAGCGGGUACUUUUCCUUGGAGCGGUCCCGGUCGGCGCCAACCCCUGCCUCCCCUGCGACACCACAGAGCGGUCCGCGAAGUGCCACCUCCCAGGCUUCUUCUCUCCAUCGCUCUGCCCCAAGGAACGCUGUCCAGGCUGCUUCCCCACAACGCGGGGCCUCCCGAGCCUCCUCUCCCCUCCGAAUCAUCCAACGGGACAACGCUGGAACCUCACCUACUCAACAGGAUGCCCCCAAGACCUCUUCCAUGCAGCGGGACACCCCCAGAGCAACCUCUCCUUCAAGAGUUGCCCCAAGAGACAACCUCAGAACCUCGUCCAGCCAACAGGACACCCCCAAGGCCUCUUCCACACAGAGGGGCACCCCCAGAGCAACCUCUCCUUCAAGAGUUGCCCCACGAGACAACCUCAGAACCUUGUCCACCCAACAGGACAUCCCCAAGACCUCUCCCACACAGCGGGACACCCCCAGAGCAACCUCUCCUUCAAGAGUUGCCCCAAGAGACAACCUCAGAACCUCGUCCAGCCAACAGGACACCCCCAAGCCCUCUUCCACACAGCAGGGCACCCCCAGAGCAACCUCCCCCUCAAGAGCUGCCCCACGAGACAACCUCAGAACCUCGUCCACCCAACAGGACACCCCCAAGACCUCUUCCACACAGCGGGACACCCCCAGAGCAACCUCCCCCUCAAGAGCUGCCCCACGAGACAACCUCAGAACCUCGUCCACCCAACAGGACACCCCCAAGACCUCUUCCACACAGCGGGACACCCCCAGAGCAACCUCCCCCUCAAGAGCUGCCCCACGAGAUAACCUCAGAACCUCGUCCAGCCAACAGGACACCCCCAAGGCCUCUUCCACGCAGCGGAACACCCCCAGAGCAACUUCUCCUUCAAGAGUUGUCCCACGAGACAGCCCCAGAACCUCAUCCACCCAGCGAAAUAAUCCUUGGGUUUCUUCUUCCCCAAGAGCCACCCAACAAGACACCUCCAGAGCCUCUUACACCCAACAGGACAACCCUCAAGCUCCUGUUCCAACUUGUACUCCCCAGCGGGGCAACCCCAGACAUUCUUGUGCUCCACAGAACACACCUAGAAGCUCUUCUGCCCAAAGGGACAACCCUAAAACCUCUUGUACCCAACAGGACAAUCCAAAAUCCUCUUCCUCAUGGCGGGAAAACCCCGGAAGCACCUCCUGUCAGGGCUGCACCCGACAAGACAAUCCCAGAGCAUCCUCUCCUGAUCGCUCCUCUCAGCGGAACAACCUCCGGAAUGCCUCUCCCCACCGUACUAACAAAGACAUCCCAUGGGCCUCCUUUCCCCUCCGGCCAACGCAGAGCGAUGGUCCUCGAACCUCUUCCCCGUCUCGCUCCAAGCAAAGUGAGGUUCCCUGGGCAUCCAUUGCCCUCCGGCCCACCCAGGGCGACCGGCCUCAGACCUCAUCUCCUGCUAGACCAGCUCAGCGGGACUCACCCCAGUCUUCCUCUGGGCCCACCCAGCACAACUCACCAUUCCGGGCCACUGCCACCUCCCAUAACCCAGGCCACCACGGGGCCUCCAGGACCUCCUCGCCUCUGCAUCCCACUCCCCGUGGUGCACCCCAGACCUGUUCCGAGCUCCCCCAGCCUCCGUGUGCUGUGUGCAUUGGGCACCGGGACGCCCCUAGGGCCUCCUCGCCUCCUCGCUAUUUACAGUAUGACCCCUUCCCCUUCUUCCCAGACCCCCACACAUGUGAGAGUGAAUCACCCCACCAUGAUCCCCCCUAUAUGCCCCCAGCCGUAUGCAUUGGACACCGGGAUGCCCCCCGCGCUUCCUCACCCCCCCGCCACACCCAGUUUGACCCCUUCCCCUUCCUCCCAGACACUUCAGAUGCUGAGAACCAGUCCCUGCAGCAUGACCCUCCUCAGUUCCCCCCACCUGUGUGUAUUGGGUACCGUGAUGCACCCCGGGCCUCCUCCCCGCCCCGCCAAGCCCCCGAGCCCGCCCUCUUGUUCCUGGAUCUCCCCAGAGCCAGCACAGAGAGCCUGGUCCCCUCCAUGGACUCUUUGCGCGAGCCUCCUGCCAUCCCCGCACCGGUGUGCAUUGGGCACCGCGACGCACCCUCCUUCUCAUCUCCCCCUCGCCAGCCCCCCGAGCCCUCCCUCUUCUUCCAGGACCCCCCUGGGACGAGUAUGGAGAGCCUGGCCCCCUCCAGCGACUCUCUAAGUGGCUCCCCAAUGCUGCCCCCUCAGGUGUGCAUCGGGCACCGGGAUGCCCCUCGCGCCUCCUCCCCACCCCGCCACCCGCCCAGUGACCUAGCACUCCUGGCACCCUCUCCUCCUCCGGGCAGCUCGGGGGGCUCCUGGGGCUCGGCACCCCCAGGGGAGAUCAGGCACAACUUGGAGAGGGAGGAGUACAGCGUGCUGGCCGAUCUGCCCCCACCCAGGAGGCUGGCGCAGAGGGAGCCGGGGCCGCAGGGCAGCAACGGGGGCCGCACCCGCAGCCCGGGCCGCGCAGAGGUGGAGCGCCUCUUCGGGCAAGAGCGCAGGAAGUCCGAGGCACCGGGGGCCUUCCAGGCCCGGGACGAGGGGCGGUCGCAGUGGCCCGGCCAAGGUCAGAGCCAACUUCUCCGAAGACAGUCCAGCCCUGCCCUCGGCAGGGAGGUAACCAAGCUCCCCGCGAAGCAGGCGGAACCAGCCCGACGUAGCCGCACAGAAGCCCCUCAUCCCAGGAGCCCCAAGAGGCGGCCUGAGGGGGACCGGUGGCUCCAGGGGUCCUCGCCGCCCCUGAGGACGUCAGCCAGAACUCCUGAGAGGGAACAGCGGACACAGAGACCCCUGGAACGUGGCCGGGCGGGCCCAAGACAGCCCCUGGGAGGGUGGCGGAGUCAGGAGGAGCCACCAGGAUCCCGGGGCCCGCACAGAUGCCUGGAGAGAGGCUGGCGCAGCCAGGAGGAGGGCCCGGGCCUGCGAGGCUGGCAAGGACUCGGGGAGUCCAGCCAGGGGCCUGCCAGAGCCCCAGAGGGAGUGUGGAGGGGCCCUCCCAGGGAGUCUGAGAGCUGGAGCCUGCUGGGCAGCCUCUCUGGCCACAGGAGGCAGUCAGAGACCUGGGAGGAGCCCCCGGACAGGUCAGCUCGGCGCGGCUGGGGCAGCCUACAGGAGCUGUCCAGUCCUCGCCAGCCUGUGAGCCCCCCAGAGAACUCCAGGGCAGGCCCAGGGGAGUUCUCGAAAUCCCAGAGGCCUGAGACGUUACCAGCCAUGGGCAGGGGCGCUGAGGAAGCCUGCCCACACUUGCAUGGCCCCGAGAGGCAAGCUGAGUUUGACUGGAGGGACCUGGUGAGCCUUCUCGGGGUACCCAGGGAGGGGAUGUGGAGCCGCCCGGAGGAGCCUACACUCACCUCCCAUCUUCCGAGGCUGGACUGGGAGGGCCUCCUGGAGCUCCUGCAGGCCCAGUUGCUCCACAAGGACCCAGCGGGACACUGGGUUGGCCCUGGCCAGGCUUCCCCAGGCACCAAGGAUACCCUGGAGCUGGAGCAAGACCGACACAGCCAGCCUGAAGGAGGAGCAGGGGCUGCCCUAGUCAAUGGAUACGACCCAGGGCAGUGGCCCCAGAGCUCCGCUCAGCCGUCCAGCCCCACCAGCAUCUCCACUCAGUGGCCGAAGACCAAAGUGACAAGCGGGCCAGAGUCCUCAGCUACGACUGGUCUGGAGGAGACGGGUCAGUUGGGGAGCAGGAGCCCUGCAGAGGGCCCCAGCUCGCCACGGCGGGAGUUCCAAUCAAAGGAGCCUGAGGAAUCAGAACGAAGCAGAGGCCAAGACUCACUGACUGAUCAGAAGCAGGCCGACUCGGCAGACAAGAGGCCAGCGGAGGGCAAGGCUGGGAGCCCACUCAAGGGCCGACUGGUGACUUCAUGGCGGAUGCCCGGGGACCGUCCCACGCUGUUCAAUCCGUUCCUGCUGUCUCUGGGGGUCCUCAGGUGGCAAAGGCCCGAUCUGCUAAACUUCAAGAAGGGAUGGAUGUCUAUCUUGGAUGAGCCUGGAGAGGUGUCUGCUCCAGAGGCUGCCCCAGAGCACAGGAGUCUGCUGAUUGUGGAGGAGGUGCAUGGGGGGAGGCUGUGGCUGGAGCUCAAUAGAGCUCACCCGGUGGUGGCCCUUCUUAAUGCUGGGGGAGGAGGAGCCAGCGCAGGGGGAGAGGGGCUGCAAUGGUAG